CCGACAACUAUCUACAGACAUUGAACUUAAUAUAGAACAAACUCAUUGUUCGUUAGGGUCAACAUUCACCAUGCCCCACGCCGACUCAUCCUAUUUCGCACCGGGAUUGUCCAAAGAUGAAGUGUAUACGCAGAUGAUCGAGCAGGCGAGGGGGUUGAUUUAUGGGCAGAGGAAUUGGGUUAGUAACCUCUCAAAUACCGCCUCCCUCCUCUGGCACGCCUACGCCGUCCUCCCGUCAAACAUCAACUGGGCUGGUUUCUACAUCCGCGAUGAUAAAUUCCCUCCCUCUUCUUCCCAACACUCAUCCCCAGACAGGGUGCUGCUGCUCGGCCCCUUCCAGGGAAAGCCAGCCUGCCAACUAAUCCACUUUGGCCGCGGCGUGUGCGGAACCGCAGCUGCGAAAAAAGAAACCGUGGUCGUUGACGAUGUGAUGGCGUUCCCGGGCCAUAUUGCGUGUGAUGCGGAAAGUCGGAGUGAGGUUGUUGUGCCGGUUUUGGUUGGCGGGGAGACUGUUGCGAUUAUUGAUAUCGAUUGUACGGAGGAGAAGGGGUUUGAUGAGGUUGAUAGGAAGUAUUUGGAGGAGUUGGCGGGGGUUCUUGCAGAAGGGUGUGAUUGGUGAUUCUCACCAAUACCUGAAUGGAUAGAUGAUGACAUUUAUAGGCAAAACAAGAACCAAGCAUAUAUACUACCAUGCCGGAAAGUGAAUCAACUAAAACCCACACCCGGCCCAGCAAACCUCUUCCUCCCCGUCGUGCACCACGUACCUCCCGCAAUAACCGCGAUAACCCCAAUCGCAGCAGAGGUAUAAUUCAUCGACUCAUGUGAGACAGGAUACGUAGUGGGGAAAUUGAACGUAAUCGCCGCGAAGAGCAGAAAUAGUAGACCUAUGAUGUUCAAAGUGAUGGAUAUCGAAACGGGGAGGGUGAAUGGGCCUGUGAGGUUGGGUUUGUGGCCGGUGAAGUAGCCUAGGAGGCGGCUGGUUAGGGCUGUUGCGUAGGAGAGGUCUGAUUUGUUAGCAUGGUGUAACUAGAGAGAGAAUGAGGGCAGGCUUACAAAAACCCUCGGUGGCAAUGGCGAUGACUGUUUCGAAG